GCUCUGACACACACACACACACACUGAUAUAGUCACAUUUGGCAGGAAUCAAUCUGUCACUCAACACCUCAGGAUGUGUGUGAACUGAACACAAGUUUCAGAUGAUAGAACAAGAAACUCUCAACACAAGGAAACAUUAAAGUUUCACUCACAGACACAGAGACAGUGGAUUUGUCCAGUCAGAGCUCUGGGUUUCAAUCUGGCCUAAAGGACUUUGGCACAUUCCGUUUCAGAAGCUUGAUUCCGUGUGCCUUAAACUGGACAAGAGGACAGCGGCUUCCUCAUUUCCCAUCGACACAACAAUGUCAUCUUCAUCUCUUCCGCUAGCCUCUCUUCCCCCAAGUCCUCUGGCCAUGGAGUAUCUCAACGAUUUCGACCUGCUGAAGUUUGAAGUGAAGCCCGACACACCCCCGCCUCCUUCAACCUGCCUAUACCCCAAAACAGACCUCCAUCAGGAGACCAGCGGUUCUCCCUACGUUCCUCGGCCUCCACACGACUCCAGUCUAAGCUCCAGCCCGUACACCUCUCUUCCUCCAUCGCCGACGCUCAGCGACGGGCACCCACCCCCGUCCGCCUCCUCCUCUUCCUCCUCUCUGUCUUUCCCGCUGUCUGUAUCCACAGGAUACAUGUCGGGGCAGAGCUCCAUCUCUCAGGGGAACCCGGAUGGUAGCCCGGCCGUCGUGCCGUGUUCGAACCCCACCUCUCUGGAAGACCUGCUGUGGUUAGCCGCCCUGCAGCAACAGUUCGGGGGGGAGCCCGGAGGGGCGGCGUCUCUGCUGGGAGCUCUGGGCGGUGUGCCGGAGCGAGGGGACCGCGAGAGAGGAGGGUUUCUGGGAUGUGAGGAUGCGGUGGAGGCUCUACUGAACUCCACCGCAGCGGCGGUGACCUCACAGUUCCCGGGGUUGUCUCAGAGCGUGAGCAGCAGUCACAUGGGCGACUCCGGCAGUGACAGCAGUACUGAUGUUAUUCUUAAUAAGCCGUCUGACAUGUGUCAUCGCCCUGUACUGGUCGUUUCCUCCAACGCUCCAUCUCAUUCCAACAUCAACACAGUGGCCGGUCCCUACCCACAAGCCCUUAGUCCACAGAGCCGCCUUCAUCAUCCACAUCAUCCAAUGCAUGGCCAUUACCAUCAUCAUCUCCAUCAUCAUCUGCAAGUCACUCAGUGUGGAGUGGACGAGCGUUUCUCUGAUGAGCAGUUGGUUAAUCUGUCGGUGAGGGAGCUGAACAGACAUUUACGUGGGGUGAGCAAAGAUGAGGUGGUCCGUUUGAAACAGAAGAGACGGACGCUGAAGAAUCGAGGCUAUGCUCAGUCCUGCCGUUACAAACGUCUCCAGCACCGACACGCACUCGAAUCUGAGAAACACGUUCUCACACAACAGUUGGAGCAACUACAGUGCGAGCUGACUCGCGCAUUGAGAGAGCGAGACACUUACAAAGCUCGAUACGAGAAGCUCAUCAGUUCGAACCAAUCUCAGCUUCCUCAUCCCAACACCUCAUCUUCUCCUCCCGCUCCCCAUUAUUUUUUGUGACAAAAUGAACAAUGAACUGAAAGGAAUGGAAGACAGAGAGGGUUCAAGUGAUGAACGUCAUAAACACUUGGACUGAACGCAAUAAGCUAUUUAACCAAAGCGGGUUGAUUCUGAGGUGGACGGCUGAACUGUGACUUUGACCAACGUGAGCUUCUGUAGCAUAAAUGUGGUCGCAUUAGUAUCUGUAGCGGUUCAAAAGUAAAGUGUGGCUCUAGCAUGUUUCGUUUCAUAUGCUUCGAUAAAGAUAAAAUAAAACGUACAAUAAAAAAACAUUGACGGAAUCUCCACUUUCUGUGUGUGAACUUUAGAGACCUACAGUACAAAUGUUAACAAAUCCUUUGGGGUUCAUAACGCAUUGAAUUUACAGAUUGAUUUAUUGUGUUUAUUAUGACAUUCAUUAAAUAUGUGUAAGGGCUUUACAUUUCUAAAUCUAUUCAAUUCAUUAAAUAAAUGA